AUGGAAGCCAAAGAGAGAAAGCCUGAGAGAGAGGAGGACGAGGAGGAAACAGAGUGGAAAGACAGAGAGACAAACAGAUUCUCCCCGUUUUACAUAUUCACAAAUUUAAACGAAACACGUUACUUUGAAGUUGAGCUUGUGAACGGUGGCAAUGGAUUCAGGAACCCGCUUUUAUCCUCAACACGCUUGGACCUCAAUUCGACUGCAAGUAAAUUUAGCGAAAAGACGACAGACGAGAGAUUUCGUUGUAGUAUGUGCGCAAAGACUUUUCACACCCAACGACUGCUAAACAGACACAUCAAAUCCCACAGCAAUAUCAAACAAUAUUUGUGUUCAUAUUGCGGUAAAGGUUUCAAUGAUACAUUCGACUUGAAGCGUCACACGCGAAUACAUACGGGUAAUAAAUCUAUCUAUUUCCUUCCAUAUUUAUCUAUCUAUAUAAUUUUGUUCAUAUCUAAUUCUGUUUGUAUCUAUCUAUCUGUCUAUCUCGUUCUGUUCACAUCUAUCUGUCUUAUACUGUUCAUGUCUAACACAUUCUGUUUUAUCUAUCUAUUUAUCUAUCUAUCUAUCUAUCUAUCUAUCUCAUUCUGUUCAUAUCUAUCUAAUUCUGUUCAUAUCUAUCUAAUUCUGUUCAUAUCUAUCUCAUUCUCUUCACAUCUAUCUAUCUAUCUAUCUAUCUAUCUAUCUAUAUAUAUAUAUAUAUCAUUCUGUUCAUAUCUAUCUAUUAUUGAAUAUCUAUCUAUCUUAUAUUGUUCAUGUCUAACUCAUUCUGUUUCUAUCACAUUCUGGUCACAUCUAUCUAUCUAUCUAUCUAUCUAUCUAUCUAUCUAUCUAUCUCAGUCUGUUUACAUCUAUCCAUCAAUCUGUGUUCAUAUCUAUGUAUCUCAGUCUGUUCAUAUCUAUCUAUCUAUCUAUCUAUCUAUCUAUCUAUCUAUCUAUCUAUCUAUCUCAGUCCGUUCAUAUCUAUCUAUCUAUCUAUCUAUCUAUCUAUCUAUCUAUCUAUCUAUCUAUCUCAUUCUGUUCAUAUCUAUUCUAUUCUGUUCAUUGUUCAUAUCUAUCUCAUUCUCUUCACAUCUAUCUAUCUAUCUAUCUAUCUAUCUAUCUAUCUAUCUAUCUAUCUAUCUCAUCUGUUCAUAUCUAUCUAUCUAUCUAUCUAUCUAUCUAUCUAUCUCAUUCUGUUCAUAUCUAUUCUAUUCUGUUCAUUGUUUCAUAUCUAUCUCAUUCUCUUCACAUCUAUCUAUCUAUCUAUCUAUCUAUCUAUCUAUCUAUCUAUCUAUCUAUCUAUAUGCAUAUAUAUAUAUAUAUAUAUAUAUAUAUAUAUAUAUAUAUAUAUAUAUAUAUAUAUAUAAUUCUAUUCAUAUCUGUCUAAUUCUGUUUCCUAUCUAUCUAUCUAUCUAUCUAUCAUCUAUCUAUCUAUCUAUCUAUCAUUUAAAAUCUGCGUCCGCCCCUUCAAAUGCGAUGUCUGUGGUAAGUCCUUUACCCAGCGCUGUUCCCUUGAAUCUCAUGGACGCAAGGUCCACGGCAUUACCGUCGAUUAUGGUCACAAAGAGCGACGGUCCAAACUCUAUGUCUGCGAAGACUGCGGAAACACAACAGCCCUUCCGGAAAACCAUUACCUACAUCUUAAACACAAUCACCCUCGAAAUCCGGUGCUACUGA